AUGUAUUUUCGUCGUGCAGUAUGUGGAAUACUUCUCUUUAUGUUGAUAUCCGUUAUUGGUCGUCGAGACUUAUUCAAUACAAAAUGCACACGUCAAUGCAACACAGCCGAAGGUUCUCUUGAAUGUUGGACGAAAACAACAGAUGGUUUUAGUUAUGGUUUAGCGACAUCGAUGAUUGACUUUUGUCAAGUGAUUCUCAAAGUUCGUGGACUUGCUGAUGAAACAGAUUCUUGGUAUACUGUCGCUCGUGAUUUACUGAAAAAACAGAUUGAAAAAUAUGAAACUGGUGAAGCUCGACAAUUGUCGUCAGAAGCAGUUGAAGAAGUUGCCAUAUCUCUAUUAGAUAAAUGUUACAAUGCAUCAUCAACGAUCAUUUCAUCCGAGCCAUCAUGUCCGUCAUGUACUGCUGAACAAAAUCGAUUGGUCAAGCAGUGGCAACUCUCGUCGAUUGUGGUCUACUCUGUUGGACUGGGUUUGGUAUUGAUUACUUUACUUUUGUAUUCUCUGCAUACGUAUCAUAUCCGUCGGUCAUACGCGUCUAUAUAA